AUGGCUCAAGAUACAACUUCUGGUGCUGAAUCACCGAGGCCGCGCUCUGGUCUUUUGCGAGAUCAGGUCCAACUUGUUAAAAGAAAGGACUGUGAUCGAUAUGAGAUUGUCCCAAUUCAAGAUAUACUGUCAUUUGAAAAAGGUUUCUUUAUAGUUAUCCGGGCAUGUCAGCUGUUGGCUCAAAAGAAUGAUGGGAUAAUACUGGUUGGAGUAGCAGGUCCCUCUGGAGCUGGUAAGACUGUUUUCACGGAGAAAGUACUCAACUUUAUGCCCAGCAUUGCUGUUAUUUCAAUGGACAACUACAAUGAUGCUAGUCGUAUCAUUGAUGGCAACUUCGACGAUCCACGCCUGACAGAUUAUGACACAAUGCUUGAAAACAUACAUGGUUUAAAAGCAGGCAAUCCUGUUGAAGUUCCAGUAUAUGAUUUCAAGUCUAGCUCUCGCAUAGGUUACAGGACGGUAGAGGUCCCUAGCUCCCGUAUUGUGCUCAUUGAGGGUAUAUAUGCCUUAAGUGAGAGAUUGCGGCCUUUGUUAGAUCUCCGUGUGUCUAUAACUGGUGGAGUUCACUUUGACCUUGUCAAACGGGUGUUACGGGACAUUCAACGUGCCGGCCAAGAGCCUGCAGAAAUUAUCCAUCAAAUUUCUGAAACGGUGUAUCCUAUGUACAAGGCCUUUAUUGAGCCAGAUCUCCAGACAGCACAUAUAAAAAUCACCAACAAGUUCAAUCCCUUCACUGGUUUUCAAAACCCUACUUAUAUUUUAAAGUCAAUUAAGGCAGUGACAGUGGAUCAGAUCAAAGCUGUUCUUUCUGAUGAUCACAAAGAAACCAGAGAAGAAACUUAUGACAUAUAUCUUUUACCACCAGGAGAAGAUCCUGAAGCAUGUCAAUCGUAUCUAAGGAUGAGGAACAGGGAUGGCAAAUACAAUCUCAUGUUUGAGGAAUGGGUUACGGAUAGUCCCUUCAUAAUAUCACCUCGAAUAACUUUUGAAGUUAGUGUGCGCCUUCUUGGAGGUCUCAUGGCCUUGGGGUAUACAAUUGCAUCCAUCUUGAAAAGAAGCAGCCAUAUCUUCUGUGAUGAUAAGAUUUGCGUGAAAACUGAUUGGUUGGAGCAACUUAAUCGCCAAUAUGUUCAGGUGCAAGGAAAGGAUCGGUUAUAUGUUAAAUAUGUCGCAGAGCAGCUCGAUCUGGACGGUUCAUAUGUUCCUCGUACUUACAUUGAACAAAUUCAGCUGGAGAAACUUGUAAAUGAUGUCAUGGCCUUGCCAGAUGAUUUGAAGACAAAGCUCAGCAUAGAUGAUGAUUUUGUUUCAAGCCCAAAGGAAGCCCUUUCUCGAGCCUCAGCAGACAGGAGAACCAAGUAUCUCAACCGCGGUGCAUCACACUCUUUCUCAAAUCAAAGGGACAAGACAAUGUCCAAGCUAACAAGACUUGCUGUUAACAGUAGAAGGUUUGAUGGAAGAGCCCUGGAAUCACCUCAAGCACUUUCAAACCAGGGGGUUAUAACUCAACUUUCAGAACAAAUUUCUACACUGAAUGAGAGGAUGGAUGAGUUUACGUCUCGUGUUGAAGAACUCAACUCCAAGUUCUCAGUCAGAAAAGUUUCAGCUAGCCAGCAGAAUUUGGCUUUGCAGGCUGAAGCCUGCACUGGAUCUGGACCCACUUCUCAUUUUGUAACUGGCUUAAGUAAUGGCUCAUUGGCAGGAUCUCUACUGCCCCAUUCUUCGUCGUCAUCACAAUUGGUCAAGGAGUCUCCACUGAUGGAAGAGAUGCUAGCAAUCACACGAAGCCAACGCCAGAUCAUGCACCAAAUAGACAAUUUGAGCAAUCUUCUGCGAGAAUAUUCAGGAGAAAGGCUUCGCCAAGGAAGAGCAGAUAGUAGUGGAAGAGUGACUGAUAUUGACUCAAUUGUCCCAGUUAUUCUUACUCUGGCAAUUGGUGGAUUAGGUUUCUUCUUCUUCAGGAGCCUGACUUCCCCAAAAUAA